CUUCACACUUUUUCUCCUAUUGUAGUUUUGUAUUCUCGUAGUCCAACAGUGCAAGCGCUAAGCAUUAAUUAUCUCAGUCGGCUUUGUUGAGUGGUUUCGUAUACAACUUCGCUCUCGCAACAAUAACGCACAAGCUGCAAAACACGAUCACACGAAGAUGCCACGAGGAAAUAGCAGCAAGUCGUCUGGAGCCUCCACGAAGGCUGCAGGCUCGCCCUCUUCCGGCUCUGUGUCGAACAAGGCCGCUGCCGGACCGUCGUAUGGGUCCCGGAAACCGGCCACCCCGCAGAACACAUCUGCUCCUCCGCCGCAGCCGGCGGCUCCAGCCGCUCCGGCCCCGGUGCAGGCACAGCCGGUACAGAUACUCCUGAUGCUGUAGUUGCUCAGAUGGUAAUAGAUAAGAAGGAAUGUUGCAGCUAUAUUUUCCGAAUGAAAGUGUGGUGUGUGGUAGAGAGAAGUUUCUAAGACCACAGGUUCUACUCUUGACGAGCACAAUCCCGUGCUCUCUACUCUCCAGCACUAUCACGUGCCAUCGUCGAUAUCAUCUGCGUACUGUUGAGUGAUCUAGAUCAUCUGACCUGAAACUGAACUCACCUCAGCCCGUCGCCGCAGCCCCUCCCCCAGCACCGCAGAUGCCGGCUGCUGCGCCCGCGCCCGCGGCCUCUAGUGGCGGAGGCAUGAUGAGUGGCCUCAUGGGAAGCAUGGCCAGUGGCAUGGCAAUAUGAAAAUUGAACGAGGAUGAAGUCGUUUGCAUGCUAAAUGGAAGGCCUGUGUGCAUUGCUUUGCAACUCGUAGGACGUGACGCGUCGAUCAUACCUUUGGCAGAUGAUUCUUCUCUUGAUACUGAUAAAGGCGAAUCAAUUUUGUUCUUGUAUUGUCGAAAUCGACAUCAGGAGCAAGCAAAGGAUCAUGCCGAUGUUGUUGCCUAGUGCAUUAUAUUCAAAAAGUAGAAACUUCAUCAACUGGUCCUCUUCAUAACAAACCGGGGUCGGGAUGUCCGUCGCCAAUCGUGCGGUGGAUUCCAUGCUCGGACCGCGGCAAACCGAAGUGGUGCACAAACACGGUAAUUUGCAAUUGACAAACUCUGCUUUCAAUUUAACAUUACAUGUUUGACAAGAAUUUCAGAAUGGGGCACGUCGGUACAACAUCUUCAUCCAAAUGACAUACAUACAACAGAGGACGCCCCGGCUCCGGCCGCAGCGGCACCACCUGCCUCGUCUGCAACGGUGAGUAAGUGUGUGGAUGAAGCGAAGUGGCUCGAGCAGUGCAUUAGCGACAAGGGAAUCUCGGAAUGCAACAAGUACCAGGACCUCCUGUCCAAUUGUAGAAUGGGUGCGUAGAAGGGAGGACAGGGAUAGCACUGGAAAAGCCUUUCUUUUCUCCCACCUUGGGUGUAGGUUGAAUGAGUGAGAACUUUUGGUAUGACAAUAUCUUCCUUGUAAAUACAACGCGCUUGUUUCUUAUGCGAUUCUGCUGUGGGACCAUGAAGGAUGGAUUGACCUCCUAUAAAUUGGCGUGGUCAUCUACUCGCUGCAAUCUUCCAAAAACAAAAGACGACAGUACUUAAGGAUUGAAAACUUUGGACAUCUUCUUUCUACAUUUGGUGAUGUCUUCUGUUUCAGGGGUAAUUUUUUCUUUCACUGCUCUACUGCUCGAUAGGUGGGACUCUCUUUCGUCUCUUCACAAAAUAUUUUCCGCCACCAAGUUUAUUUCUUCCCGCAAAAUUAAAAAGCGGUAGGACGCGUAACUGACCUCUACCUACCUACCAGCUAUUUUGCGCCCGCAGUCACGACACCUUUAACUCUGGUGCACCCGCACCGCAUCUAUACGUAGAAUUCGACAUAGAAACAAAUAGCAUUUUUUCAAAUGUAUUGGGUGGAACUUGUUAUUAUAUGAAACUCGUUGUCGACGCAGACGCACUGAAAAAUUUUGAAUUUGAUAAAACUGAACUACAACUUUUGAAUUCCUUAUAAGCAAAACUACAGAAAACGUUGUCUCAGAAAGGGUUUCUACGAUCGAUGAAUACAAGAAAAAAAGAUUGUAAAUCUGAACUUCUUUCACAGUUAUCUUAAAAAUGAGCAAGGCUGUGGUCUUUGAUAUUAAUAUCGAUUCAGAGAGAAAAUCAAGCGAAGCAACACACAUCAGACCACCAAAAACUGUUGCAGCUACAGCAAUACAAUGUUGAUAAACAAGCCACAGUGUGGCUUAAUCCUGGGGUAUGUUGUGGAUGAGUAUAAUCUUAUGAAUGUCGCACAGGAA